AUGGAGGACCUCUCCGCCGACGAUGACAUCCUCUCGGAUAUCCUGCUCGACAACCUCGAGUUCGAGCCGGCUAUUUCAACACACAAGAUGAACCCAAAUUACAGAGGGCACCGCUUCGAUCGCAAUGCCGUCAGUCUCAUCGUCCGAAAACGGGUCGUCGUCGAGAAAGACAUCACAGCUGCCAUCGAGGAUCUCAGCAAGCUCGGCAUCGUCCAAAAAUACCUCACCAACAAAACACAACGCCAGACAGCCAGCUUCCAGGCCCAUGCGCGACGCUAUCUCGAAAGCUAUCUGCCAGAAAGCGGAGUCGAGUUCGCUCUCACCACGCGCUACAAACGUGUGAUGAUGGAAAAGGCCGGCAGAGCACACGGCGCAGACGCAGAGGCAUCCACGUCGGCCGUCAAGAUCGAAGACAUGCCGGCUUCGCCAGGAAAAGAGGCAGCCGAGGAAAGAGGCAAGGGUCGAGUAAAGGGCAGAUCGUCGCUCGAUCGCGCCGCCACCAGCAUCGGUGCAGCACCAGCAGCCUCGGAAAAAGCGGACCUCAGCGUUCUAGCGAUGCGAACCUUCAAGCCCGGGGAGCUCAUCAACUUCUGCAAAGGCGGUCUCAAGGAUCUCACAAAGAGCGAGGAUGAUGCGCUUCGUGAAGAAGCCACGUCCACACGCGAGAAACGCAAAGACACCGAAUACAAGGGUGUUCUCGGCCCCGGACGCGACUUCUCUGUCAUCCGAUCCGCAAGAAAAGGCUGCAGUCAGCUUCUGUUGGGACCUGCGAGGUUCGUCAACCACGAUUGCAACCCAAACACCGAGUUCUACCGCAUGGGCGCUACCAUGGUCUUCAAGGUCAUUCGACCCAUUCACCGAAAUGAGGAGAUCACCACCUUCUACGGCGAGAACUACUUUGAAUGGGCCAACUCCGAAUGCAUGUGCGCCACCUGCGAGUCUCGAGGCACCGGCGCCUUCUCAGAUCCGUCCAUACCGCCACCCAUGGAGCCCGCCGAAUCGUCCGAGGGAGCAGCAGAGGUCAAAGCGGAAGAUGGCUCGACGGCGGCUGCUUCGACCGAAGCCAAUGGACGGCGUCAAUCGCGGCGUUCGAGUCGACCAGUCGCGCCAUCGUCAUCGUUACCUUCGCCUUCUCCCACGCCAUCCCUGACGCCCUCGCUGCCGCUACUGCCGUUGGACGAGGCGGCGAGAGACAAAAAGGCGAAACGAGAUUACCUUGCCGAUCUCAAACUGGCGGAGCAUGGACCGUCAGAGGAUCGCUCAGAUCCGUGGGCGGAAGGCGCCGGGCCGCAGUGUCGCUGUCUCACGUGUGGUGCUACCUUCUGGGCGCCGGAGAAGUGGUGGACGCCAGACGAAUGCCCACGCUGUGAGCGCCACUACAAAAUCUUCAAGGCAGAUUGGCCAGGCCGCGUGCCGACGGAAGGCGCUAUGGCGAGGAAAGCGGGCGUGAAGCGCAAGUCGAGUUCCGAGAUGAUCGCCGACCAUCUGGCAAGCACGGCAUCGCCAGCACGCAACGGUAAGGAACGAUCUUUGACGCCGACCGAGUCCAAGGUCAAUGUCACUCCGAAGGCGCAGAAGAAGCCGCGGCCGAGCAAGGCCGGAGCUGAAUCUGCAACGCCGGUCGAUACAGCCAAGGCGCAGACCACCCCUACCGCCGCCAGCAGCAAGUCGAACAAAGCGCCAGGUGCAACCUCUUCUGCAAAGCCGUCGGCCCGCUCAGCAAAGGCCGAGAACAUCAAGCAAGAGCGGCAAGAAGAGGCGCUCGUCGCACGAGCUCUCGCCCCAUCCGCGACGCGCAAGGCCGGCCCGACCGCUGUGCCCGUCAAAGUCGUGACCCAGCCGAAAGCCACCUACGACCUCGACUCAGACGGGUCUGACCUUACACCAGAACCAGAAUCCGAGCCAGGGGACAUCGUCAAGGGAGGAGAGGAUGAAGACGACGAGGACCAGGGCCCAAGCCCUGUGUCGGCAGCCGGUCGGACGCAACAGCAAGGCGAAGAGGAUCGAUCAUCGUCCAGCUCGAGUCCCGGGCCACCGGGACCCAAGAUGUUGGGAAAGAAUGCAAAGACGGAUGUUUUGGCGCAAUACUGGGGAGCCGUGGAGGGGGAUCGCCGCGCACGCAAAAAGGCGCCUGUCAACUCGGGCCCAACCUUACUGGCUGCUCGACGCUCUUCGCAGGACCUCACGCACAAGUCGUCAGAGCGACGCUCCAGCUUCCGCGAGACGAGCACAGACGAGCAUGGCGCUCCGAAGUUCAAGCGGCGUCUCGUUGCCGAGACUGCCUCUGACGACGACGACGCACCAUCCCCUGUAUCCACGGUUGCUCGCCCGAAUCCGACCGUGGUCGCUUCGAAGCACCGCAAGACGUCGAGUAUGACCGACGCAUCCUUUGCGCAGAUGCGUGCAAAGUCGGAGGCACGACCGUCCCCGGAUCGACUCACGCCGACAUCGACCGUCAGUGCGGCCUCGCCGGCCCCUUCCGCCAAAGUGGCGCCAUCAGCGUCGGAACCACCGCAAAAGACGUCAGCGGGCAACAUGCCAGGCUUGGCGACCUCGGGUGUCCAGCGCACUUCGGAAUCCAAUCUGGCUCUCUUCUGGUCAGCCGGUGUAGGCGGCACGAGAAAUCGUCGUCAGGCGCAGAGGGAGCCACAGACCAUGCUCGUCCAACCAGCGCCAUCCAAACGAUCACGGGCGUCCGAUUCGAGUCGAAGCCAUACGCCCGAGGUCAAGAAGCCUCGCGGCCCGGCAAGAUACGGCGAGGACGACAGCAUCGGACGAGAGCGGAUCGUACGGGACCGCUCCGUGGCUGCUUCCGACGACGGAUCCAAGGAGACGAGCCAGGAAAAUAGCGACAUGGACGACGAUGACAUGGAAGAGAGUGAUGGACCUUCGGUCAGGCCCUACAUGUUCUCCGCCAUCAGUAAGGUGCUGCAGUCGAAUGGCGGCGUCGAUGUUGGCGGGGACUCGGACUCAAAAGGUCCGCUACUCCCUUCUGCAUCUCUCUUCCGCCCUCCUGGUCUCAUCCGACCGGACCUCGCAGCAGCAGCAGCUCGAUCCAAUUCUCCUCUCGCCGGACCUCCACGCGGCUCACCUGGCCAGCCGAUGCGCAAGAAUUUGCGAUGGGGCAGUGGCAAGUCUUCGAUCAGCCGCCCCUUGGGACCCAAUGGAAGCCCUCUGGGCCGACCUCCUUCCGGCGCCAACGGCAGUCCCAUCAGCGUUGCGCCGCAGAGAUCGACGGAAGACGUAAAGUCUCACUUGCCACGCCCCUCGCCUUCGUCUGACGUUGGACAGGCGGCGCCGAUCAGUCGACUCAAGACACCGACAGAGCGAGUCGACGCAAUGCCCACUGAGUCGAAUCUCCCUCAGCCUGUCGUUGCAGCCCCGCCGGUUCCGAUUGAGAACGCACCUGCACUGGUGCCGAUCCAGACCGUGAAGGAGGUCAAGGCUGGAACCGAUGCAGUCAUUCAGUCGAAUAUCGCAGCGUCGAAGGAGUCAGCGCUUGCACCCACCAUCCUGGCUCCGGUCCCUGCUCCGGCUCCAGCACCUGCACCUGCACCAGCAACAGCACCCGCUCCCGAAGUUGCCUUCCCCACCAACGGGCUGCCGCCUCCGUCGACAUCAGUCGCACCGACCGGAGAUGCGCCCGUUGUGCCCGCUCCUCCAGCGCAACCCGUAACACCGGUCAAGACCGCGCUUCCGGACAUCAGCCUGACCCCGGAUCUGACGGAUCCUCAGCAGCGUCGCACGUCGGGUCGGGCACGCAGAGCUCCGGAAAUGGCCGCCGGGCAGAUCCCUUACAAGGGCAGUCUGGUCAAGCUGGCCGCCCAACGAGCCAAGGAAGUCAAGGGUGGGCCGUCGGGCACGCACUCGCCCCGGUCUGCUGGAACAGCUUCGCCAGAUCACCGGACCCACGCAGGGCAAGCCGUCGAGAACGGCAAGCACGAGGCGGUGACUGGCCUGCAGCAUGUCACCGAGGCUGAAAGCACACCGAUGGACGUCGACUCCUGA